AUGACGAGGAUUGGUGUUCGUGCACGCAAAUAUUUUAUUAUAUAUUUACUCAUCACUUAUUUCAAACAUCCAUUAUUAUCGAUCGUAAAAACUAGACGAUUCCAAAUGGAUCCUCGUUUUACUGAUGAAGCAAUUGCUUAUUGCCAAUUGACUGCAUCACUCUUACAACCAUCGAAUGGUUUGUCAGCUGAGUUUUUACGAAAAUUUUUCGAAGAUGUUCAUGCUAAAGGCAAUGAAAAACUUAUUGAAACAUUCACAGGCUCGCUUGAAGAGAGAAAAGUAACGACAAAAUCUGCAGAUAUACCAAUAAAUAUUUAUACACCAAUCGAUGCUGAAAAAGAUAAAUUAGUUAUUUACUUUCAUGGUGGAGGUUGGACAUUGGGAAGUCGAAGCACACAUCAAUCUAUUGUUAAUCUCGCUGCAGAUUUGACAAAAACUAUUUGGAUUUCGGUCGAAUAUCGUCUAGGUCCAGAAUACAGAUAUCCAAUCUGGCUCGACGAGUCAUGUGAUGUGACUCGACAUAUCAUUGAAAAUAAAGAAUUCUAUGGCGUUGAUCAAGCAGCAAAGAUCGGGGUGGUAGGUGAUAGUGCUGGAGCUAUGAUUAGCACAUCUAUUUGUCAGACGGUGAAAAAUAUUGAUUUUCAGGUUCUCAUUUAUGGUUUGUACGAUUUUACUCGUACAGCACCAUCUUACAAGGAAUUUACUGAUCCACAGUAUGUUUGCACUCCUGAAUUGCUUGAUUGGUUCAUCACUCAUACAUUUGAUGAUGGAGUUGAUAUGAAAGAUCCUCGAAUAUCUGUUUUUCUUAAUCCAUCACCAGAUCGUUUACCAGCAGCUCUAUUUAUUGUUGCUGAACUGGAUGCUCUUCGAGAUGAUAGUUUCGCAUACAAAGAAAUUUUAGACAAAGUCGGUAUAAAGAACAAACUUUCACUUUUCAAAGGUGUUCCUCAUGGAUUCUUUAGUUUACCCGCUAUUUAUCCAAAAGCAUGCACACAAGCCGUAGAUACUAUCAAGGAAUUUAUGGCAUCCAUCUAA